AUGGGUGUAUAUCGUGUGGAGGUGUCACCAAACAACCGUGCUGGCUGUCAAACUAAGGCAUGCAAGGAUGCUCAUAUCAAGAUUACCAAAGGUGAACUUCGCUUUGCAGUUCAAAUCACCAUCAAGGAUCAUCAGAGUUGGCAGUGGCGUCAUUGGGGAUGUGUGACACCCAAGCAGAUCGAAAACUUGAUCGAGACUUGUGGUGGCGACACCGAUAUGGUCGACGGCUUCGACGAAUUGCCGGAGGAACACCAGGAGAGGGUCAAGUACGCAAUGGAAAAUGGUCAUGUCCAUGACGAUGACUGGAAAGGUGAUCCUGAAGCGAACCGCUUAACAAAGAAGGGCUCUAAGAAGGGCGCAUCCAAGAAGAAGGCCAAGAAGGGUGGCGAUGACGAAGACGAAGCCAAUCAGGCCGAAGAGAAAGACGAGGAGAAGCCCAAGAAGAAACCAGCAACCAAAGCCAAGCCUAAAGCCAGAACCGAAGACGACGCUGAAGUUGCUGAAGAGGCCCCCAAACCCACCAAGAAGCGCGGCCGCCCGGCCAAGAAAGAAGUAGACGAAGACGAAGAAGCAGACGCACCUCCUGCCAAGAAGGCUGCUCGUGGACGAGGCAAGAAGGUCGAGUACAAAGAGGAGAGCGAUGAAGAUGAGGCUCCCGCACCAAAGAAGGCUCGAGGCAAAAAGGCAGCCGUAAGAGCCGAGAGCCCUGAGGAGGAACCCGAGCAGGAAGAGGAUGCAGAGGCAGAAGAAAAAGAGGUCCCCAAAGCAAAGAAGAAGGGCACCAAAAAGGCAGCUCCAGCCAACGGAAAGGCAAAGGCACCAACAAAGAGAGGACGAAAGAAGGCAGCCACUGACGGGUGA